UAUAGUGGGGAACAACGUCAUCGUGCACUGCAGUGCAGAGUAGUUUUCCCGCAUCGAUAUGGAGUUGCUAUAAAUAACUACUUCACCGAUUUGAAUUUCAACGCUUGAUUCAAAGUUCAAACACUGAACAUACAGAGUCUAAAUCAGUGUUUGCGAUCACAAUUAUGGUUGGGUCUGUAUCAAUUUCAGAAAUUUCGCUACCAAUUGAAAAUGGUAUUAAUCAUGUUCAGUUGCUUCCUGCAUCUAAUGAUGAUCAUGAUGGUGUAAUAGUGACCAUGAAGGACCCUAUGGAACCUGACAUCUUUCUCACUGUGCUCAGAGCUUCAAUAUCUAUAUGGAGGCAACAGGGAAAGAAGGGAGUUUGGAUUAAUAUGCCCAUUGAACUUGUAAAUCUCGUAGAAACUGCUGUUAAGGAAGGAUUCUGUUACCACCAUGCUGAACCAAGUUACCUCAUGCUUGUUUACUGGAUUCCUGAAACUGCAAGUACAAUCCCUGCAAAUGCUUCACACAGAGUUGGUGUUGGUGCUAUUGUAUUGAAUGAUAAAAGAGAGGUACUGGUCGUUCAGGAAAAGAGUGGCAAAUUUCGAGGAAAAAAUGUGUGGAAAAUCCCGACUGGAGUUGUUGACGAGGGCGAGGAUAUCUUCAAGGCAGCUAUCAGAGAAGUAAAAGAAGAGACAGGAAUUGACACAGAGUUUCAGGAGAUUCUAGCAUUCAGGCAGGAACACAAAUCAUUCUUUGAGAAGUCGGAUUUAUUCUUCCUAUGUAUGCUGCGUCCCUUAUCUUUUGACAUUCAGAAGCAAGAAUUGGAGAUUGAGGCAGCCGAGUGGAUGCCAUUUGAGGAAUAUGCAGCUCAACCUUCUGCCCAGAAUUUUGGACUUUUCUAUUAUACCGUGGACUUAUGCUUGGCAAAGGUGGACAGAGAUUAUGCUGGAUUUUCUCCGCUGCCUAUAGCGUCAACUGUUAAUGACAGGAUAAUUUACUUGUAUUCAAACGUUCGAGAUUGGAAGCAGUCAAUUUCUGCUGAUCACCAAUAGAAAACAGGUGGUCUGCCAUAUGGCAAAAUCCGAAGCACAGAAGAAAAUGAUGAAAUAUGCAAGCUACAUCAGAGAGCCCAUUAUUAUAGAAGUCUCUUUGGAGGUGUAGCAGUUUCUGCAACUCCCUAAACUAUUAUCACUUGUCUAAGACUGUGGAUUUGUCCAUAUAUGUUAUGCUUGUAGAUCACCUCUACAUAAACAUGACAGGUGGUCUGCCAUGCGGCACAAAGUCCAACGCACAGAAGAAAAUGAUGAUGUAUGCAAACCACAUUAGAGAGCCUGUUAUUAUAUCUAUGGAGGGAUAGCAAUAAAUGCAACUCCCUAACCUAUUGUCAGUUCUUCAAUUCUUUAGAUAAUAACUAUAUUUCUGCUUCCCCAUUAAAAUUAAGUGUGGUCUGGAAAGAAAAAUAUGCUACCAAAAAAUUUUGCUUUCCUUUUAUCACUUUGGCUUUCAGUCUUUGAGUAUGCUGAAUUGAGAAAACUUUCCAGUGAUGUUUUGCCUUCACCAAGUACGUUUUGUCAAUAUCCGUGCCAUCCUCUUGCUCCUCCACCACCACUUUCUGAGUAUCCAAUAUAUGGAGCACCGCCACCACCACUUUCAUAUGGAAGUCCACCAUCUCAAGUCAACUGCACACAAAAUCCAGUUCAGUGCUGUCCUUAUUCCCCUCCAGCUCCUUAUGCUUUUGGAUAUCAGCCCCCUCCUUAUCCUUUAGGAUAUCAGCCCAUUAGCUAUUCUGCUUCCCUUUCCUCUUUUUAUUUCAUUUCAGUUAUGUUUUCGCUACUCUCAAUUGCUGUUCUGCUCUAGGUUCAUAUACUUUAUUUUUUCCAAGUUGCACUAUCCAGGUUUAAAAUUAUGGUUUUUAAGUGUUUUACAUAUUAAACAGUUAUCCAAUUAUCGUGUUGUACGUAUAAACUAUCUGAUUUUGAUUAGUAAAGUAGAUUCGCCAUUUACUGUA